ACCGCUGGGCCGCCCCAUCCCCAGUGCUCCAGCGAGAUCCGAGUGAUCAGAACGGGAGGGGUCGGACGAACCGGGAGCUGAAGGAACCAGGAUCGAAGGGCGAAGUUCUCGGUGGUCUCAAGCUCAGCUCUAUCAGAUCCAACACCCCCCAACCCCGACCACCCCCAGCCAUGAAAGCCAUCAGCCCGGUGCGGUCGGUCAGGAGCUGUUACGAGGCCGUUUGUUGCCUUUCGGAGCAGAGUUUGGCCAUAGCUCGAAGCAGCAACAACAAGAGCCCGGCGUUGGAGGAACCCAUGAAUUUACUGUACGAUAUGAACGACUGCUAUUCCAAAUUGAGGGAGUUGGUGCCGGGCAUCCCGCAGGGCACCAAGCUGAGCCAGGUGGAGAUCCUCCAGCACGUCAUCGAUUAUAUCUUCGACCUGCAGAUCGUGCUGGAAGAGGGGGCCAAGGGGCGAGACCCCUCCUCGGGAGCCACCCUACUGUCUCUUAAGGCGGCUGAGUUGGCGUCCGAGCUGUGCUCCAAAGACGAGAGAAGUUUGUGUCACUAACGCCUCCUCCAUCAGCGCUAAUUAGCAAACACGCACCGACCGUCGGUUCCCGAUUCGUUAUCAGCCGGAGGUAACGAGCCGCUUCCUGCACGGCGCCGGGCGGCUGCGGCCCCCCCCGGACACCCCCCACCCCAGCCCGUGCUGUGCUAUGGGGCUGCGGACCCCCCCGUGCUGUGCUAUGGGGCUGCACCCACCUCCCCUCACCUCGGGGUGCUCCUUCAAUACCCACCAAGAUCCAGAGAUCGGGAGAGAUGCGGCUGUUGCCCCCAACCCGGAGCGACUUAUGGAGCAGCGCUCCCCAAAUCCCGGCUUUAUUUUAGGACUUUUCUUUAGGACUUGAGAUAUAUAUUAUAUAUAUUUUUUUUCCCCGACCCGCUGAUAAGAGACACUUUCUUCUAUAGACUGACUGGUGAAGAUGUGCUUGUCUGUAUAUUUUUGGAUUAUAGCGAGUCCUUUGUAAGGGUGUUUAACGGGCUGGGGGCGGGGGGGGUGAGGGCGGUGUUUAUAGGGUGGGGGGGUCUUCGGAUGCGAACCAAACUCUGGGGCCGAGGCCUCGUGUAUUGUGGAGCUCUAUACUAGAGUAUAACGUUUGUACCUUUUGUGCAGGAAGGUGAAUUUCUGCGGACAUGCCUUGUAUUUGCUUUAUCGACUUUUUAUAAAAGUUAUUGUUUUUAUGUAAUAAACCUCGUCUUGGUGCCUGUG